AUGCCAGACCUAUUGAAGAGAGUUGCAUUCCAAGUGGGCCUUGUCCCAAAUGAAAGAGCUUUUGCCUUGUCAUCGGUCUCGAACGAUGGGCAUUACAUCUCGCUAAGACCAUUUGUCAAGCCACAGGGUCCCUCUGAAGAAGCCUUCCCCUUUGAGUGGGCUUUUGCUGGUACAAAUAAACACGUUACUGUCACUCAAGUGAAGCCAAAUGUCGUCAAUCAGGACUUCAACUUCUGGUUCGAUGUUAACGUUUACUUGGACGCACCCAACACUCAUCGCGGUGUAAUCAAGACUACAUGGGAAACCUGGGAGUCGGGAUGCCUUGCUGAGACUGGCAGCGUGUUCCCCGAGGGCUUCAAUAACGAGGGCGUCGCAUUUUUUGAGUUAUGGCAACCAUUGGACCCAACCAAGGAAGAGCUGGUAAUUAAAUCCGAAAAGAAUGAAGCUUCAGCAGACUCUGCCAAGUCAGUUGUGUUCAAGACCGCAGAAGGCUCUGGUUACGAUGGUCUUUUGAUCGUCACCGGCAAGUGGGCUCAAGGGUUCUUGAGUAAACAGAACGUUGGAAAGAUUGAGGGGCUAAAUUUUAUCAGAGCACAAGAAACACAAACCUCGAGUGUUGCUGACGUUAUCUUUCAGUAUGGGCAAGAGUGUAACAAAUUCCCAAGAAAAUUCAACGGCGUGAAAUUGGGCGACGUGAUUGACGCCAAUGGCUUAAAGUGGGAUGUCAUCGAAUCAUACCAAUAG